AUGGCGGAACAGUCAACUGGCAGUUCUGCUAAACACAAAUUCCGAACCAAUUUGGGCAGCAGAAGAAAGUCAGAACCUGCCAGCAAAAAUGAAUGGUCAUCGAAGAGCUCAGUGGGUUCGGAUGCGUUAUCAUUCUUGAGUCUGGAUGCCAGGAGCGAAGGCUUAUGGCUGUCUCUGGAUGGAUUACUCGACAACUCCGGACAAUCUUCUUUGUUCUCCAACUGUUGGCAGAAUGAAACGGAGGACGAUCUAAUGAUAAGGUUGCAACAGCUACAAGAAAGACAAAACAUCCCGCUUCAACGGUUGAAAGAACUAUUACUUUCAAGUACCUGA